AUGCCUGGAGAUGAGUUUACCCCGGACGGAAUUGAGCGAGAAGUAGGUUGAGACAUCCUACUAGCAUCACACCCCUCGCUGAUCAAAGCAGUACUGGCUUGAAGUUAGCGUCGAUCCGGUGAGUAUGAACCAUGAACUCCCAUGGUCCACCUUCUCAUCUUCUUAGAUUGCUCCGGAUGGCUACUUGAAGUCUCUUGGCCAAGUGUUCAACCAUACGUAUCCCGGCCCACAUCUCGAGGCUUGCUGGGGCGAUACAUUGGUAGGAUAGACCCCGUCUCCUCCGCCUACAUGGAACUGAUACGUGAUCAGGUCGUGCAUGUGACAAAUAAGAUUCCAAACUUGGGCACUACUAUCCACUGGCACGGUAUCCGCCAGCUUAACACAACUCAACAGGAUGGUGUCAAUGGAGUAACUCAGUGUGAGUAUGCGAUUCUAGAUACACCCCGGACACCGAUUGACUGAUCCUCUAGGCCCAAUUGCCUACAACAAAACUUACACGUAUCGAUUCCGCGCAGACCAGUACGGUCACACUUGGUGUAAGUCGUAACGAUAUCCUGACCGCUUCUGGAACCAAUAGCUUACCGCAGCCAUAGACCACAGCCACUACCAGACUCAAUACUCUGAUGGCGUUGCUGGGCCACUCACGAUCUACGGCCCCAGCUCCGCCAACUGGGACGAGACUUUCGAGCCCAUCAUGAUGCAAGACUGGGUCCACGCCAAUUCCUCCGACGCCUUUAAGCAAGAACUCGCAAGGGGCGUUCCCGUCGCCGACUCCCUCUUGCUCGGUGGCACUAACAGUUUUAAAUGUUCCAAUCUGGAUCCAUAUUGCUGUCACUCUUGCCGAAACACAACUUGCCUGGCCGACCCUAGCGUUGACAAAUCCUUCUGCUGCAAUCUCGACGACGGCUGCUACAAUGACUUGAACAAUGCAACCUCACAGAAGAACGGCGGCAAGUUCACCAAGACGUUCAAGGAGGGCAAGAGGUACUUGUUGCAGCUCAUCAACGCCUCGGCGGAAUCCAUGUUCCUCUUUUCGAUCGAUGAGCAUGAGUUAAUUGUCAUCGAGGCCGACCUGGUACCAAUCCAGCCUUAUGUCACCAAGGACAUCUUCGUUGCCAUCGGUACGUGAUCAUGGUCUCUAAUGCGAAAGUCAUUGCUAACCCGAGGUAGGUCAGCGGUAUCAGGUCAUUGUUGUCGCCAAGCCAAAUCACAAGUCACUCGACGGGAACUACUGGAUGCGGACUAGAAUCGCCUUAAACUGUGGCACCGUUGCACAAGAUGAAGAGGAGACUGGUAUCAUCCGGUACAACGCUUCUAGCACAGCUACUCCAGCCACGUUGGCCAACAGCGACCGCGAAGCAUGUCAAGACGAGCCCAUGGAGAACCUCCGGCCCGUUGUGCCCUGGAACGUCACAAGCCUAGCCAACCACCGCAAGAAUUUCACGUUCGAAGCCAACUUCGACGACGUCAGUUCCCACGGCGCUUUCCGAUGGGAGCUCAAAGACAAACCUCUCUUCCUGGACUACUCUCGCCCCAGCAUCCUCCACCUGGACAACGAAACACGCUUCGACGACGCCUUCCAGGCCGUGGUAAACUACACCAACCACGAGUGGAACAACGGCUUCGUCUACCUGGUCAUUACCGGUAACAACAUUCUCCACGUCCCCGGAAAGCAGAACAUCCCCGCCGCGCACCCGAUCCAUCUGCACGGACACGACUUUGUCAUCUUGGCGCAGGUCGAUAAGAGUUGGGACGGCACCAUCCCGCCUAAUGAACAGUGGAAUCCCACGCGUAGGGAUACCGCUCUACUGUAUGCGGGUGGAUACCUCGCGCUUGCUUUCAAGCUCGAUAAUCCCGGCGUGUGGCUUGUGUAAGUCCUUCUUUUCUCCUCUCCUGUACCACCCGGUUGAGAGUGAGAGAGAGAGAGAGAGCUGGUGCUGCUCGUGCUGACUUCGACCUAGACAUUGCCACAUCGCAUGGCACGCUUCCUCCGGCUUGGCACUGCAGAUCAUCGAACGUCAAGACGAAAUCGUCGGCAGCAUCGGCAUCGGCUCUCUGCAAGCCACGAAGGACACGUGCGCCGGAUGGGAUCGGAUGGAUUUGCAGUUUCAUCAGGACGAUUCUGGGAUUUGA